CUGGCCCUGGCACGCUGUUAGUUACACACGCACGUACUGGUCCUGGCACACUUAGUUACGCACACAUACAGUGCAGUGUCUUUUACUCACUCAUCCUUUCCUCCUAUUUUAAUUACAGUUAUUGGAGGGGUGUUGAGAUCAGGGGGCGGCUUGUGAGAGCUGGUUCUCUCCUUCACCCUGUGGGGCCUGUGAGGAUUGAUGGUGAGCACCUUUUUCUACUGAUCCACCUUGCUGGCCAUGCUGUUUUUGUUCUGGUGGGAAUAUAUCUUUAUUUUAAAAUUUUAUUGACAAAUUGAAACUAACAGCUAAUCCUGUUAGUGCCCUAGAUACUUCUUCACUGUAGAGGUUUUAUCAGUAUUUUUCCUGCCUUGUGGAUUAUCUGUCCCAAAUAACCUUUUGUUGCCUUACUCUUCUGAUAGAAGAAACUGCCUUUCUCAGCUCUGGGCCAUACAUUAAGACAGCAAAUGACAUACCUACCAGGCUAUCUGAGAACAGGUUAUCACAAAUGCUGAGUCUUUGACUUUCCAUACCCAGCUGUCCAGGUUGUGGAUAUUAAGGCUCAAGCUGGUGUUGAAUCAAAUCUGGGUCCUCUUGUAAAUUAUAGCUGUGGGAACAAUGGCUUCCUGUACCCAGGUGGAGGUCUCUCAGACUCCAAGGCUUUACAAGGAGCAGCCGGGGUUUGAUGUGUGAAUAGCAAUGAGAGUUUGUGUGCUUUAAGGAGAAUACUGGUGCGUUAUGAAGUGCAGCUGAAUAUGAUGCUGCUGUGUAAUGAAGGCCAAGUGCAGGAACUAGCACACCUGUUCAAGCUGUAGAGUGGAUUGUUGACCUUAGCAUUCAAUGCUGUGGUCAACCAGCUAUCCUGUUCUCACAUGUAAACUGUGGAGCAAUUGUUAAGCAUAUUCCCCUUUGUUAACUAAAAUAUCAUACUCAGUUUUGUUUUGAGACAGAACUCAGGCUGGCCUUGAACUCCCUGUGUAGCUGAGGAUGACCCUAUACUCAAGGACUUCCUGUUUCUACCUCCUAAGUGCUGGAAUUCCAGGCAAUGGAGAGUGCCACUGUCCACUGAAACUCACAGCUACACUAAAGUGACGACAGCCCCAGUGAAAGGAACACUUGGACCCACUUCUGCAUUACAGGAUGGCAGCGACUGACUCGUCCCAUGGUCUUUCAGGGGACUCAGUCUGCCUUCAAGAAGAAAAGGUAUCAGCACAAAGGAUGUUGAUUGCCUACCUGACAAAUUAUCAGGAGUUAGUGAACUUUGAGGAUGUGGCUGUGGACUUUACCCAAGAGGAAUGGACCUCACUGAGCCCAUCCCAGAGAAGCCUCUACAGAGACGUGAUGCUGGAGAAUUACCAGAACCUGGCCACAGUAGGGUAUCAGCUCAUCAAACCCAGUCUGGUCUCUUGGUUGGAACAAGAAGAAUUUAGAACAUGUCAGAACAUGGUUUUCCCAGAAUGGAAAAUGCAGCCUGAAACCAAAUGUUCAGCAUUCCAACAGGAGUUUUUGAGUGGUAACAUGUCCAGUGGGUUGCAAAUGCAAACAGGAAGCCAGAGUGGAGGGGAGCUCCAUAACUGGACAAAGUCUGGAGCCUUCUGCAGUGACCUCUCACUCCUUCAGACACAUCCGGGAACUCGGGCGACACGGGGUGACUACGAUAGCGGUCAGUACAGAAGAGACGUUCUGAUGUUUCCCAAGCAAAGCUGCACUGGCGAGGAACUUCCUGAACUCGCUGAGAGUGCGGAAGCCUGCGAGACCCCAGCUAAAGUUGGUGGAAAACCUGCCACACAAGAGAAGUCUUUAGAAUGCACUGACUGCGGGAAGUCUUUUAUUAAUCCGUCACACCUUCAAAAGCAUAGAAGAACUCACAGUGGAGACAGACUUUAUGAUUGGAAUGAAUAUGGGAGAAGUUUUAUCAACUCGAGACUUGCUGUGCUCAUAGAAACUCUCAAUGCAAAGAAGCCUUACAGGUGUAAGGAAUGUGGGAAAGGCUAUAGAUACCCUGCAUAUCUAAAUAUUCACAUGCGAACGCACACUGGUGAGAAGCCCUAUGAAUGUAAGGAAUGUGGGAAAGCCUUCAAUUAUUCCAACUCAUUUCAGAUACAUGGAAGAACUCACACUGGAGAGAAGCCCUAUGUAUGUAGUCAGUGUGGGAAGGCCUUCACUCAGUACUCAGGACUUAGUAUACACACAAGAUCUCACAAUGGUGAUAAACCUUAUGAAUGUAAAGAAUGUGGGAAAGCCUUCCUUACAUCCUCGCGACUUAUUCAACAUAUAAGAACGCACACAGGAGAAAAGCCUUUUGUGUGUGUCAAAUGUGGGAAAGCCUUUGCUAUUUCUUCAAAUCUUAAUGGACAUUUGAAAAUGCAUGCUGAAGAGAAGACAUGUGUGUGCAAGAUUUGCGGGAAAGCAUUCGGAUAUCCUUCAUGUCUUAACAGUCACAUGAGAACUCAUAGUGCCAAAAAGUCAUACACAUGUAAGGAAUGUGGGAAGGCCUUCAACUAUUCCACUCACCUUAAAAUUCACAUGCGCAUCCACACUGGGGAAAAACCCUACGAGUGCAAGCAGUGUGGGAAAGCCUUCAGUCAUUUCACUUCGUUUCAGAUACACGAAAGAACCCACACUGGAGAGAAGCCCUAUGAGUGCAAGGAGUGUGGGAAGGCCUUCAUCUGCCCCAGUUCCUUCAGAAUUCAUGAAAUAAGUCACACUCACACUGAAGAAAAACCAUAUAAAUGUCAGCAGUGUGGAAGAGCCUACAGUCAUCCUCGUUCGCUUCGAAGGCAUGAAAGAACUCACCAGUGAGCAGCCUGGCUGAUGGAAGCUAUGUGAGAAAGCCAUGAUUUGCUCUAGUUUACUUUGAAGACAUGAUGGUACUCACAGUGGAGAGAAACUAUUAACAUUAUAUACACAGCUUGGAGCAGUACUGUGUGGUAGCUGCUCAGGAGGCUGAAGAUGGGGGAUAAAUUUAAAACCAAACUGGGCAACACAAAUACUCCAUGUCAAAAAAAAUUAAAACGAUUGCUGACAAGA